AUGUUCAAACAAGAUGAUAAUACUUGGGAGAAAAGCCGUAAUAAUUUGGAUGAUGUCAUUGGUUUACUCCGAAUUCGUUUGAUGGAAGCUGUUCACAAUGAGGUGAAUUCAUGCGGUGAAACGGUUGCAAGAAUUCUAGAUGGCGCAAUGCUUCAGGUCGUCGUAGUAUAUGCACGUCUGCGCAUCUUUCUGACAGCUUUGGAGCUGGCGGAGAAAGACUUGGUAUUUGGUAAAAGCGAAGGAUCCUUAGCCACUGCGUCAUACGAGGGUGAUAUGAUGGAAGACGAAUCAGAAGAUUUGUCGGAUCAGUUGGGUGACUGUGACCAUGAAAUGGAUAUUGCAACAGCAGCGGCCACCAAGCAGUGUGAAGAGGUCAUGGCAGAAAAAGAUUGGGAAAACUGGAGUGAAGACUCUCGAGUUCCAAAAGAGCUAGAAUUGAGCAAUGCAGAAUUGGAACACUUGAACAGACCGGAAGGUAUGGAAUCGAUCAUUCAGAAAAUACUCACAGAAGCAGCCAAGGUGGUUAUCAACAUGCUUGAGAAUGCAGGAACCGAUGAAUGUAUAGCUUGUGACGAUUACGUUUCUCAGCAUGAUCACUUGUGA